AUGCAGCGGAGGCCUUCCCUGGGACACAGCGGAGGCCUUCCCUGGGACUCAGCGGUGGCCUUCCCUGGGACUCAGCGGAGGCCUUCCCUGGGACUCAGCGGAGGCCUUCCCUGGGACUCAGCGGAGGCCUUCCCUGGGACUCAGCGGAGGCCUUCCCUGGGACUCAGCUGUGGCCUUCCCUGGGACUCAGCUGUGGCCUUCCCUGGGACUCAGCGGAGGUCUUCCCUGGGACUCAGCGGAGGUCUUCCCUGGGACUCAGCUGUGGCCUUCCCUGGGACUCGCACCAACAGCUCCUCUUGGUUUCUCCAUGGGGAGUACACCGUAGAGGUGGCCAUCAACGACUACCUGGACAUCUACUGCCCCCACUACGCGGACCCGCUCCCCCUGGAGCGCAUGGAGCGUUACAUCCUCUUCAUGGUCAACUACGACGGCUACACCACCUGCGACCACCGCAUGAAGGGCUUCAAGCGCUGGGAGUGCAACCGGCCACAGAGCCCCAACGGACCGCUCAAGUUCUCCGAGAAGUUCCAGCUCUUCACUCCCUUCUCACUAGGGUUUGAGUUCCGGCCGGGUCACGAGUACUACUACAUCUCGUCUCCACACCCUAACCUUGUUGGGAAACCCUGCUUGAAGUUGAAAGUCUAUGUCAAGCCCACAAAUGACUCAGUGUAUGAGUCCCCAGAGCCCUUCCUGACAGACGACAGCACCGGUGGCUGUUGCGUGGCCGCCCCCUGCCUCUCCCUCAUGCUGGCCAUGCUGCUCACGCUUCUCCUGUCCUCAUCAUAG